UUGGGAAUCCUGUGGCCGGUAUUUAUGGGCCAGGAAGUUUUCUUGCCCCAUAGCAGCUGGGAAAAGCCACGCUCCUGGGCCAUUCUUCCUGGCAGUUGGCUCAUGGACAGGAAGCCUCCCAGAACUGGCCCCGGCCGGGAAGGUACAGCCAGGCGGGGCGGGAAUCGGUAGUUCGGGCACCCGGGGCAUUGCAGCCUUACCCACAACGACUUGGACUUCAUGACUCUAUACUAGUCCUUUAUUUCUGGUAGCGCCACAGCACCCCACACAGUGGAUGCGGGGGGCGUGGUCCACAUGAGCCGGAGCCAAUGCGGAGGGAGGCCGAGGCGAGAGCCCCGCCCCCGACGUGACGCACGACCCCCGGACACAGGCUUCGCAGCCCCGGCUCCAGUCCCUGCAGUGGCUGUAACAAAACCCAGACCCCCAGGUCCGGGCCAAUGGAGGCGAUUUAGACUGGAGCGGGACCGCGUCUGUCAAAAACCCGACUCGGCAGCAGCGGCAGAGUCCAGAAGGAGAGCUGGAGCCGCUGCACUACUUCCCCGCCCCCGCCGGGAUUUAUUGAGUAUUUGGACUGGACAAUUAAGUGGCCCUGAUGAUGUUACCAAGCCCGGUCACCUCCACCCCUUUCUCAGUCAAAGACAUUUUGAAUCUGGAGCAGCAGCAGCAACAGCACUUCCACGGCGCGCACUUGCAGGCGGACUUGGAGCACCACUUCCACUCCGCACCGUGCAUGCUGGCCGCCACCGAGGGGACUCAAUUUUCUGACGGAGGGGAAGAAGACGAGGAAGAAGAGGGCGACAAACUGUCCUAUUUGAACUCACUAGCCACAGCCGAUGGCCACGGGGGCUCGGGGCUCUGUCCCCAGAGCUACGUCCACACAGUCCUGCGAGACUCAUGUAGCGGGCCUAAGGAACAUGAAGAGGAGCCCGAGGUCGUGAGGGACCGGAGCCAAAAAAGCUGCCAGCUGAAGAAGCCUCUGGAGGCGGCCGGGGAUUGUAAGGAGGCGGAGGAGAGCGAGAGACCCAAGCCACGCAGCCGCCGGAAGCCCCGGGUCCUCUUCUCGCAAGCCCAGGUCUUCGAGCUGGAACGCAGGUUCAAGCAGCAGAGGUACUUGUCGGCGCCCGAGCGCGAGCACCUCGCCAGCAGCUUGAAGCUCACGUCCACGCAGGUGAAGAUCUGGUUCCAGAACCGCAGGUACAAGUGCAAGAGACAGCGGCAGGACAAGUCUCUGGAGCUGGGCGCGCACGCACCCCCGCCGCCACCGCGCCGCGUGGCAGUGCCUGUGCUGGUGCGGGACGGCAAGCCGUGCGUCACGCCGGGCGCGCAAGCAUACGGCGCGCCCUACAGCGUGGGUGCGGGCGCCUACUCCUACAACAGCUUCCCCGCCUAUGGCUAUGGGAACUCGGCCGCCGCCGCCGCCGCCGCCGCUGCCGCCGCCGCCGCCGCGGCGGCCUACAGCGGCAGCUACGGCUGUGCGUACCCGGCAGGCGGUGGCGGCGGCGGCGGCGGCGGCGGGGCCUCCGCGGCGGCCGCGGCCAUGCAGCCCGCCUGCAGCGCUGCCGGAGGCGGCCCCUUUGUGAACGUGAGCAACCUAGGCGGCUUUGGCGGUGGCGGCGGCGCGCAGCAGUUGCACCAGGGUGCGGCGACCGGGGCUGCUUGCGCGCAGGGCACCUUGCAGGGCAUCCGGGCCUGGUAGGCACGCGGCUGGUCACGCGGCAGUCGCCCCACUGCAGCCUGGCACCGCGGGACUGAAGCGCGAGAAAGGUUGGACCUUAGGGCCAGGUCCCCUCGUUAAAAAAAAAAAAAAAAAAAGCCACACAAAACAACAACAACAAAAGACACGUCUCGAUCCCCAGGGCCCCGGAGCACAGCUCGCGCAAAGCCUGGGGAAGGGGGAUGAGGGGCGAGGAGGAUGCCCGAGACCGGUCGCAGAGACUGUCUCUGAGGCAGAAACUCCGGCUGGGUGCCGGGGAGGACAAUGGCCCCGACUCUGGCCCCGAAGUGAGUGCGAAAGGCUGGGACUCUGGCUGCCGUUUGGUUCUCCCAAACCAAGAAGGCCUUCUUUCCCCUUGGCCUUCCCGCGGCUUCCGCGAAAUGUGGGCAGAAAACCCAAGGACAAAAAGGAAAAAAAAAAAAAAAAGGCAUGAAGGAGAGAAAAAUGGGUGUCGUGGCUUGAGAAAUCCCCAAGCCUUACCCACCCCUCUGCCCCUUUUGCGGCCCGGAGCGCCACACCACAGUCAGUUUUCCUUUUCCCAACCGCCUGCCCUCCGCAGCAGAUACCUCGGCCUGGAUCUCCGGAUUGUCAGGGGGUAGAACUCUGCGAGAUAAACAAGCGAGGCAUGAUCAAACAUUAGGGGGUCUGAACAAAUCCGGGAGCUGGUGGCCCACCGGAGGUGUUACCAGGUUUCCUUUCUGUUUCAUAUUCUGUAUUCAGCACAUAUAAUAUAUCUAUAACUAUAUCCACACGCCGUGUACACACCCGCUGCCAUACACUACAGGAGUCAAUAAACAAGGUGCAAUAUUUCCAAACCGUUGGUUGCAGACUUUGUUUCGCUCCCCAAAGUGGAGAGGGAUCCUUUAA